AUGAACAAACAAUCAAUCGGUCAGAGAAGGCAAACUCGAACGCAGUUCUUCUUCUUGAGGGACGAGUAGGAUGACUUGAAUAUGAUGAUAAUGAUGAGCGGGAGGAAAAUGAUGAUGAUGAUGGACUCCAGGUCCCGUGAGGUGGAUUGCCAAUGCCAUGCAUUUCUGUGUUAUGGAUCGGUCGCCCUGCAAAAGACGGAGCGAGGGAGGCGAGGGUGGGUGGGACAAAUGGUGCGGAUGAUCUUAUAAUAGAAUGGCGGAUGGGCGCGCAGAACGAUGGCACGACGACGUUCCAAGUCAUAGCAGCGUAGGCCGAACGUCGAAAAUGGUGCAGGCAGGCAGGCAUGGCAACACAAAGUCCGAGCCUUGGAGCCGAGAGCGAGAGGGAGAGGGAGAGCGCAUGUUGACAACGCCGGUGUUUUAUUAGUACUAUGCCCCGUGUCAUCCUUUCGUGAUUUCCGAGGAGGCAGGUGAUAUUCGUGUUCUUGUUUUAAGUCCGAUGCGUGACUCCGGUAGUGAAGUGUGGCUAUGUCACUCAGAUACGACAGCAGUUCCAGUGCAGCCAAGAGGGAUGGUGCGGAAUGGGGCUACGGCCGAGGCCAUUGUGCAAGCCGAGCGAGCAGUGCAGAAAAGGGUCGGAGUCUCGAGGGAGCGAGAGGAGAGGAGUUGGCUCACUGCUCCUCGUCGGCGUCGAUGCUUUUCCUGGGUCCUCGAGGGAGGGAGGGAGGGAGGGAGGGAGGUCGAAUCAUGUACCCCACGCGUACGGAUGAUAUUGUUUCGUGGAAACAUGGAUGCAUCGAUGUGUAUUGCUCUCAUUGUGCAAAGAGUGUUGGACGCAAUCUGCUUUCUACGUGCACGGAUCGUACGCUGCUUAUUAAAAUCAUAACACUGUCAUCUACUCAGUACCUUUUGACGAGGUUCGCUCGACGAGGCGAUAAAUGCGCUGCCAGUUCCGGACUUCGUCUCCAAGAAACGAGAAUUUCUCCAAUUCCUCCAAGAAACCAAGAAUUCCUCCACUUCACUCGUCUGCGCAGGAUACGGUUUUUCCUGCCUACAUUUUGUCAGAUGCUCGGAAAUUCCGAGUUCAAGCACGAGCUUGAACUUGGGAUAGGAACAACACUGCUAUCUCUGGAGAGCGUAAACUGUCACUCCAGCCAGAGACUUCUCAGUCCAGAGCACAAACAUCGUCACCGUUCCUUCAUUCGGAAUCGGAGUUGGGACACGUUGUAUUUCUCUCACCGCCCUGUCCUCGAGUUGUGGAAAUUAAUCGAACCAGCGGUCCUCGAUGCAUGCAGUACUAAUUGAACAAGUCAAAACAAGAUGUAGAGUCAUGGUUGACUGCAGUGCAGAAAACCUCACAUAUUUAUUGCCAGCUCCACUUCAGAUAUUUCUUUGGUUGGUUGCAUAUCCUCCUGAGCUCUGAUCUAUGGCCUUUCACUUGUGAAUGACAUGAAUGUCAUAAAGUUUCCAAGUCCA